CAGGCAGAGACGCCAGACGAAUACGGCCGGCGCGAGGAUUGCUUCAGAAACUCCAGACAGCAUCCAUUUACCUUUCAAUCUUAUUUAACAGAUCUCCAAAGCACAAAAGAGGCCACAGAAAGAGACGGAUUGGUCUCUCAGCCGGGGCUGAAGGCAGGAGUACUCCCGAAUCCGCAGAUAGCUGAAGAAGUGCUUGACCAGGACCAACAUCAUCGAUUGAACGCUGAGAAUCUGCUUCGUAAUUCGCCACCAGCUUAUUUUCUACCAUCUGCUAGCUCUCAUAUCAAAGAGUUGUUUAUUCCCGUGGAAGAUUUAGAUCUGGGCUCUUGCCCCAAGCAUGAUCUUCAGGAUUAUAUAUGCCCAGUUUUGGCAAAAAGAUAUGACAACCCUUUCGAACAAUGGCUUCCAUUGGCCAGUACGAGGACCGACAGAGAUGAGAGUUUGGGUUUCCCGCCUGUUCUGAACAGAUUAUGGGCCCAAAUAUGUCGAGAAAUAGAGACCGAUAAGCCAAUAACAUCAGAUGCUGCUGCGGAGCUGGUGCGAAAAAUCGACAAACCGAUCACGGCCUUCCAAUAUCAAGAUUUGAUCAAGCGACAAACUAAAUUUGGCCCUUCCCAAUACAGCUGCGUCGAACCUAUCUCGCCCCCUCUUUCUCCAAUAUCUGAUGACGCUGCCCCAUUCAUUCCCGAUGGAAAUGUGACGGUUAUUGACCUCGUGUCUGAACCAAAUAGUCCCGAUCGAACUACAAUUGAGGAUUCAGAACCAAUUGUCUCAUAUACUUUUAUGACCCCGUCGCCUACUAGGGAGCUACCUCAGCUCUUCGAAACGCACAACGCUGUUAUCGAAGAAGCCAAGGUAGAUUUACCUGUUGUCUUUACCAGUUCAUAUUCUCCACGCCAGGAGAAUAUUCUUGCCGAUAUCUGCUUGCCUCUUAUAGGCUUUGAAGAGGAUGCUACAGAUUUGCUCCAGGAAAGAGGGCAUUUCGAAGAUGCCUUUAUGACUCUGCUUGACGACCGGCGGUAUUAUGCCAAUAAGUUGGUGAGCCAGGAGCGCUUAGAUCCAGCAGAUUCUAUAUCGCGCAUUCCUGUGCCUUUGCUCGACUUUGGUAUCCAGCCUCCUACCUGGAGAGCUCAAUGCUCUACUGCGGAGACUCACUUUGAGUUUUUAAAAAACAGGAUGCCGAGCAUUUUCAACCUUUUGCCUUCUCCGAGAGAUCUGGAAUUAGAGGUUAACGUCUCAUAUUCGGUUGUUCCGCCAGAUCAGGGGAGAUCAAUAAUGACAUAUGAACAUGGUGUCUCGAAUGAAGCAGCUAUAAAAUAUCUUUCUCAAGAUCUAACAUCACAUCAAAGCAGCUUGGAUUUCAUUACUAUAAGGCCUGAGCUAGAGGUUCUUUGCAUUAUCGGAGAUGAAGAACUUGAAGAAGUCUACGAGCCGGAGGAAGCAUAUGUGCCAGCUGAUAUGACAGAUGAUAUGCCGCCUGUUAUUGUUGCGGAGCAACACGAGGACACCAAUCGCAUGAACUCACCACAGAGAAGCGAGUCGUUCUACUAUAAAAAGCGAAACAGCCCUGGCCCCAGCCGCUCGCUUCGAAGGAAAGCCGAUGACUCCAUGAGACUUUUACCGAAAUGUUACGAUACAAGCGCUACGAGUAUUCUUCUCCAUAACUUUAUGGAGCUGAGAGGCAUAAAAAGACCUCGGCUUGAUACAAGAUCUUCAGAAGCAUGCCAAACCGCAGGAAACCUAUCAUUGGAAUCUGUAAACGAUGUAUAUUCAACAGAUAUGGCUAAAGAGUUGCCUACCACAAUACCCGAAGCGAUGGUUUCAGCAGUAUUUCCUAAAUUUGAGAUACCCUCUGUGAUGGCCUAUUUCAUUGUUUCAGUUGACCUUCCAAGGCCAAUAUUAAGGCAAUUAGAGCGUGCAUGGUCUCCCGAAAGUUUGCUUGAUAUCGAUUACUCCGAGCAUAUUGCCAUAUCGCGGCCCUCAGAAUCUGCUCAAUGCAAAGAGACUACCUCGGAGUUAGGUUUCGAAGCCGAUGUAUCUUUGUCGCCUAUUACAGGAAUCAUCGUCACCAAUAUCCUCAAAGUGCGGCAGCGGCCUCUCCCUGGCUCUCAGUCUCAAUCGCCGUUGCGCGAUCGUGUGCAGAAAGUCAGUCGGAAAUACGAAACUCUAUUAGUCCUUGUGUCGGAAUCACACCCCAGCGGAGAAUUUUCGGGAGCAUUGGCUCCGUCUGAUAUCGCAGCUUACGCUGACUUUGUGAGCUUUACCGUUGCACUGGACGGGGAUAUAAACGUGCAGCUUGUCCCAGGGGCGGAACAAACAAUGGCCUCGUGGAUUUCCGCCUGCCUAUCUCGGAGCUCUUUCAAAUCCCACGGUAUGAAGCGGCUUCUAUCCUCUGAGGAAACGGAAUGGGAGAUCUUCCUCAGGCGUGCCGGCGUGAAUGUUUUCGCUGCCAAGAUAUUGUCGAAAACGCUCUUUGAGCAAGCUGGGGCCUCGGGAUUAGCUGAAUUUUUGACGAUGCCUGUGCAAAAGCGGGUGGCCACAUUCUCACCAUUGCUUGGUGGAGAAAAGGUUUUGCGCCUAACAGCCAAAGCGCUGGAUCGAAGCUGG